CGAGAGAAGCUGGACCCUCUUCCCCUCUCCUUGGGUCGAUGCCGACGUGCUCCUCUUCGCGAUAAGGGAAAAGGAUAACCCUAAAUCUCGCCGACCCCGGUUCUUUCUCUGAGGGAUUCCUCGUCGGAUUCUUGAACGCGACGUCGAAUCGAGGGUGGGAGGUGGAGGAUUCGAUGCGGGAUUGGGGGUUCUAGGGUUGGUCCGCUUUCGUUGCGCCCCCGGCCGAGUCGGACUAACAUGCGCUCGAUUCUGUCGAGAUGUUCGUCCGUGAAGGGGCUGAGCGGUAGGAACGGAGAUGGGAGCGGCAGGACGCACCUCUACCUGAAUGUUUAUGACUUGACGCCGGUGAAUAACUACCUGUACUGGUUCGGGAUCGGCGUCUUCCAUUCUGGGAUCGAAGUUCAUGGCAUGGAGUAUGGAUUCGGAGCACACGAUUACUCGUCUAGUGGAGUAUUUGAGGUGGAACCGAAAAGCUGUCCUGGUUUUAUCUUCAGACGGUCUGUGUGGUUGGGUACCACCGAUAUGUCUCGUUCAGAAUUUCGUGUAUUUAUCGAAGACCUUGCUGGAAAAUAUCAUGGUGACACCUACCACUUGAUCAUCAAGAACUGCAAUCAUUUCACUGAUGAAGUUUGCAUGCGUUUGACAGGCAAGCCUAUUCCAGGAUGGGUAAAUAGACUUGCCAGAUUAGGGUCAUUCUGCAACUGUAUUCUCCCAGAGAAUAUUCAGGUUACAGCAGUUGGACAAGUACCUGCUAAUCCAGCUUAUUCUGAAGAUGGUUCAGAUUCAUAUGCUUCAUCAUUGAUAGACGAAAGCGAUGAAGAAGAUGCAGAUCACCACCUUCUAAAGAAACCAAACGGUGAUUUUGUGCAUUCAAAUGAUGUGCCAUUAAGGAUUGGUAGAGAUGACAUCUGACUUAUUUGUGUGCUUUCUUAUCUUUGUCACUGUUUCUAAUGUAACCACGAAAGUUACUGUACAAUAUCCUUUUACUAUUAAUCUUCUUGGUGGCUAAUGUUGCAGAGUUUUCACA